AUGAGGCUCACAGUGGCUCAUCAAACCAAAAGUGAGCACAGCACAGCCAUUUUAUCUCCUCCAACAAAAGAAUGCAGAUUCUGUAUGCACCUUCCUCACUAUGUACCUCUUCACAGAAGCUAAAAUCACAAUCAAAAUCAGGAGUUUUGCCAGGGAAAUGUCUUCAAUUCUCUGCCAUUGAUCACUCCUCACUUCAUCGUCCUCUCAAACUCGAAACUUCGUCUCUUUCUUUAUCGCUAAAACGCGCCGUUUUUGCCUGUUUCAGAACUAAAGCUGCUUCUGUACAAGGAAGCUCUACGAUAUCAAGUGAAACAGCUGAAAGUGAUGUGUUAAAAGCAUUGUCUCAAAUUAUAGAUCCAGAUUUUGGAACAGACAUUGUCACUUGUGGUUUUGUUAAAGAUUUACAGAUUGAUGAAGCUCAAGGACAGGUUUCAUUUCGGUUGGAGCUCACAACACCAGCAUGUCCGAUCAAGGACAUGUUCGAGCAACAAGCAAAUGAAGUUGUGGCAGCUCUUCCCUGGGUCAAGAAUGUCAAAGUAACUAUGUCAGCACAACCGGCCAGACCAAUUUAUGCAGGACAACUUCCUGCUGGCUUGCAGACAAUUUCAAACAUUGUGGCAGUUUCAAGUUGCAAGGGAGGCGUUGGGAAAUCAACUGUGGCUGUAAACCUUGCUUAUACUUUGGCCGGUAUGGGUGCUAGAGUAGGAAUUUUUGAUGCUGAUGUCUAUGGUCCGAGUUUACCAACAAUGGUUUCCCCUGAAAACAGAUUGUUAGAGAUGAAUCCAGAGAAAAAAACCAUUAUUCCAACUGAAUACUUGGGAGUCAAAUUGGUAUCAUUUGGAUUUGCUGGACAAGGUCGUGCAAUAAUGCGAGGUCCAAUGGUUUCUGGGGUUAUCGACCAACUUCUGACUACUACUGAGUGGGGAGAGCUUGAUUAUCUUGUUAUUGACAUGCCACCGGGAACUGGUGAUAUACAACUUACUCUGUGCCAGGUAGUCCCAUUAACUGCUGCUGUUAUUGUGACCACCCCCCAAAAGCUUGCGUUCAUUGAUGUUGCCAAAGGAGUCAGGAUGUUUUCCAAGCUUAAGGUGCCUUGCAUUGCUGUAGUUGAGAAUAUGUGUCAUUUUGAUGCUGAUGGUAAACGCUACUACCCAUUUGGUAGAGGUUCAGGUUCUCAGGUCGUACAGCAGUUUGGAAUUCCUCAUUUGUUUGAUCUCCCAAUUAGGCCAACUCUAUCUGCUUCUGGAGAUAGUGGAAUUCCUGAGGUGGCAGCUGAUCCUCAAGGUGAAGUUGCCAAGACAUUUCAGGACCUUGGAAUUUGUGUCGUGCAACAAUGUGCAAAGAUUCGUCAGCAAGUGUCCACAGCAGUCAUGUACGAUAAAUCAAUUAAGGCAAUAAAGGUGAAGGUUCCAGAUUCAGAUGAAGAGUUCCUUUUGCAUCCUGCGACUGUAAGACGAAAUGAUCGCUCUGCUCAAAGUGUGGAUGAGUGGUCCGGAGAGCAAAAACUGCAGUAUACUGAUGUUCCAGAAGAUAUUGAACCGCAAGAAAUUCGGCCUAUGGGAAACUACGCUGUGCAAAUCACGUGGCCAGAUGGAUUCAAUCAGAUUGCUCCCUACGAUCAACUGCAAACAAUGGAACGAUUGGUCGGUGUUCCUGCACUUUGAUGAAUUAUGAGAUUCUUAUAUUUUUGCAUCUUUCACAGGCAUAAUGCUGUGAGAUGUUCAUACACAAAUGUGUAGAUCUUGGUGAACACACUUAGGUCAGUUAAAUGAAAUUAUGAUAGAGCUUGUAUAAGCUUCUGAAGAGUGCCAUUUUCUCUAUUUUCGCCUUUCGCUUCUUCCCCUUCGAGUUUAAGGCAUACAUGUAAAGCGGAACUCUCAACUGUGGUAAAAUCUAAUAGAAGCAUGCAAAUGCAAUUUCCUGUGA